GUAUGGCUAGCACUAAUUUUCACGCGGUUAUCAUUAAAGCACUCUAAAUAUGCAAAUGGAGGUGAAAUAAGUAGAAGGAUUUUGAGACAGGUGGAACUAGACGCCCUUGUGCACGGAAUCAGCUAGGAAACAGUAAACAAGAAAAACGACAAUGGACACAGAUGCAUCCAUGCUUUCUACAACUCAUUUUGUUGAACUGAAGUUGUAAAGAGUGGAGAUACACAGCGAAUUCAUCAGCCUUUCUCGCCGAUUAUUGGAAUCACAAGCUUUUAGCUUCAAUGCAACAACAUCUUUAAUGAUAUCUCGAAUCACGUACUGCUUGAAAUGCCAUGGAGAUUCUGGUGAUACCAAGUAAAAGAAUAAAAGGCGGUGACUGUACCAAGGCGGAUGAUUUGACAGAAUUAUUUUAAAUAUCUAAAAGGGAAUUGUGAAGAGUAAAGAAUAAUCAUUACUCUUCUUUAAAAGGCGGUGACUGUACCAAAUCUGAUGGUUUAGCAGAGUCAUUUUCAAUAUCUCUAAGGAAGUUGGAAAGAGUAUAAGACUGACACUAAACACACACCGCGGGUUUAUCAAGUUUUCACCAUAUAAUUGGAAUGAAGCGAAAUUUGCCCCACAAAUUGCGACUUUCGAAUCUCAAAGGUCGAUAAAGAGAAGGUAAAAGUGUUACAAAAACGAACAGAGCUUUACCAGGAGUUGUUCAUAACGAGGUUGUCAUUCAUACAAAUUCUAUCAAGAGCUGAAGUAAUUCCGUGAUAACACAAGUGGCUCAACAAUUUAAGGUUUUACAAAUGGCCUUUGCCUGAAGCUAUCAAGGUUUCCUAGAAAUAUAAAAACGCAGCUCUAUCAAUAGACAGGACAUUUGCCGGUAUUUGAUUACUCAUGGCUACUAUCCCAAACUUUUCCAACUCCAGCUUCUCCUAUGAGCUUCCACGUGACAAUAACAGCGUCUUGUUUUACGUCAUAUCCCUGCUUGCGACCAUUGCGAAUUUAUUUGCGGUAGUCGCGUCCGUGCGUCUAGUUCGCGAACAUCCCGUCAGCCCUAAUGUCUUCGUGCUCGGUCUCUCGUGUGUCGACUUCCUGUGUGUGUUGUUAGCCUGCAUUCCCUCGUGGCUAUGCUAUGGCAUGGGAAGGUGGACUGGUGGGCAACCCAUGUGUGACUUCCAGGGAUUCAUGAUUUUAUUUGCGACAUUGGCUUCAGGGUCCGUUGCAAUGUUCAUGGCAAUCGACAGGUGUGUGGCCGUGACCAGGCCUCUUUACCACCGCCAGCUCGUCACAGUGGGCAAAACUACUCGAUUACUAGUCGGACUAGUCGUCAUCGCCUUCGUCGUCUCUCUCUUGCCAGUCCUCGGAUUCGGAAGCUUCUCUCGGAAUCUCGUCGGAACCUUUUGUACCGUCAAUUGGUUUCCAAGUACCAGUCUCGACGCGGCGUUUUGCUUUUGUUACGUCAUCAUUGGUGACGUCAUCUGUCUGACUCUUGUGUUGUGUAAUACCGCUGUCAUAGUGUCUCUGUGUAGCCGCGGCUCUUCUACCGAGCCAGUUUGUACUGGCAGGCAUUUGAACGAGAUGGAGAGACAGUUUGUCAAGACGAUGGCUUUCAUUUCAUUGGUCUUUGUAGCUUGCUGGAUACCUUAUAUGUCACGCAUUAUCGGUAACGCUUGGUAUGGAUGGCGUGACGCGGGUGCAGACCUAUUAGUGUGUCGCCUUCUGCUUGUCAAUCUGUUGAUCGACCCUUUUACGUACGUGCUGACGAGACAACAGUACCGUGAUCUGCUGGUCGACCUCUUCUGCUUCUGGCGCAGAAGUAACAGAAUUGGCAGCCAGUCCAGCGAUAUAAGCUCACCCCAAGUUAAGGAAGACAUCACUUCUGCCGGUAUGACGUCACAAGCCUUGCGCUUGUCAGGAGACGACUUGCCGCUGACAAUCGAAACGACUGAAGGCGUAACCGACCGAACAAAAAAUGUAUUUAGGGAAAACAGACAUAACCAUGAGAUUUAAAAGGAAUGCUAUUUCGUGGACAUACAGUAAGUAUUGGCACCAUGUAAAUCGAUAGUCAGAGGAUCAUCAGUGAGUUGUUUUAGAGAGAUGGUUUAUCCGAAAAUGGGUUUGAGUAAAACCAGAAUGAAUCAUAGUCUCUAUAAUUCUCAGAGAAAAGAAUCUAGAAUAGUUCUCAAAAUAAAGAAAAUAUAUAUAUAAAA